AUGUCUAUAAUUGAAAUUAUUAUUAAAGUGCAAUGGAUUUAAAAAAAAGGAUAGAGUAUUGGUUUCCUUUUAGAUCUAGAGAAUGGGUUAGGGAAUAAGAGGAAGAUGGUUUAAGAAUAAUGGAAUGAGGAGAUAAUAAAGAAUCAUUGAAUUCUUGAGGGAAAAAAUAUGAGGGAGAUUGAAAAAUAAAGGAAAUAAAUGAUGAAGAUUCUUGCGUGUUUAUAUUGAUGGCAAUUAUUGGAAAAGAUUAUAAUUUAUAUUAAAAAUAU